AUGCGGGCUACAUAUAAAGACAACAGCGAUGUCAGGGAAAUCGAAGAUCAGCUUUCCUCAGCUCUCAGUAGUCUUCACCUGAAAUGUAUAGAAAAGAAGUUAAUAGAUGAGAACUUGAAUCACUGUCCGGUGUGCAGUAGUGACUUGGGUUGUUCUCCACUCGAGAAAUUAAGGUCAGAUACUCGAUUCCAAGAAUUGAGGGACAAAAUUUUCCCAGUUAAAGAACCAAAAGAUGAGGCACCUUCAGCCAAAUUGAAAGUGAAGGGAAAAAGAAAUUUUGUGUCUUCAUUAAAACCCAAUAGAGAAAUAGCCAAAGGUGGUUUUAGAAAAUUUCUAAUUGCAGAAGAACCACAUCUUUCACCUCCCAAACCUGAUAAGGUGGAAGAUGCUACGGAAGAUGAAAACCAGAGUGAGGAUGAAUUUGAGGAAGAAGAUGAUACAGUUGGAUCUGCAAGAAGAGCGAAAGCUGCGGCAAGAAUAAAAUUCAUUCGCUCUGCACAACCUCCAAGUGGUGACAUAAUAGGAGAAGAAAAGAUAGAUGAUGACCAGCCUCCAAUUGAAACUUCCAGCGGAACACUCAAAAUCAGAAUUCCGAUGAAGAAUUCUUCAAAAUCAAAGGCUGAGUCAAGGAAUGAAAAGACUGACAUGUUUGAACCAUUAAAUAGUCUGGUUGAAGGUGGAAGAAAACGCAAGUCUCGUAGUAAGUCCACCAUGCAAGAAAAUGGUGCUCCUUCGGUACUCGUGCCCUCUGACGACGAUGACCUUCAUGUUCAUAUGGUCCACAAGAAGCGUCGCAGAAGUGCUGGUUAUCAAAACGAGUCAACUCCGUCAAACUCAGAUUCAGUGAAACAUGUUGUGAACACUCAAGAAAAAACACCAAAAAUCCCGGAGGAUUUGAAUUUUCCAGCACAAUCUGAGAUUGGUUCCGACUCUAUUGAAAGCAACAAAGAGUUUGGACCAAUCUGGUUCCGGUUGGUUGCUGCAGAAGAGAAUAAAGGGAGUGAACAAUUGCCACAAUUAUCUUCCGGCUACUUACGGGUCAAGGAUGUCAGUGUAACAGUUUCCUAUAUUAAAAAGUAUCUCGUGAAGAAACUUGGUCUUGCCAGCGAAACUGAGUGA